CAAUAUUCCCUCAUAAAUAACUUUCUCCUCUACCCUUCCUCUCCAACAGAGAAAUCCAGUCUCAGAAAACAUGGCUUUCAAGAAAUCAAACAGAUUACCUCAAAGUUCACCAUCCUUCAAACAGAUUCUGAAAAGGUGCUCAUCAGGUUUUGGGAAGAAACAAGAGUAUGACCAAGAAGGGCUUCCUGAUGAUGUUCCCAAAGGUCAUUUUGCUGUCUAUGUUGGAAAGAACAGGAGCAGAUACAUUGUUCCAAUAUCAUGGCUGGCUCACCCUGAGUUCCAAAGCUUGCUCCAAAAAGCUGAAGAGGAGUUUGGCUUUAACCACAACAUGGGACUCACCAUUCCUUGUGAAGAAGUUGUUUUCCUAUCUCUGACAGCAACGAUCAGAUGAAAAGAACUCCAAUAUAAAGCAGAUGUCAAUGAUCAGAAAUAAAGAACUGUGAUAUAGGGAAACGCUAUUGUUGCUUCAUUCUUGUUAAAGUUACAUACCUUAUGCGUGGUAUAUUUUCUUAUCACAAUUAAGGUUUGUUCUUUCUAGUUGCUUGUGUGGUAUUAUUGUGCAGGACUAGUACUGUCAUGAGUGAUUGCAAAAGCUAACUUCACCUGUAAUUCAAG